GUGGGUGGACUUCAUUUACGCAACUCGGCUUACGCCGUUUUAGCUGCCGGCGUGGGCCGGUCACGUGAUACGGCGUAAGCCGGUUACAAGCAAAUAAAGUGGAACCGGCUUAUUUCAAAAUGGCAGCAUUUGUGGUUGGUUCAUAUGCUUUGGUUAAACAAAUCCUCUCUUGCGACGAUGACGAUGAUGAUCUGGUUGUGUUAUUAGGAAUUGCGGGAAUUGAAAGAGAAGACAGGACAAAGUCGCUACAGUACUACGAGGUCACAAUCCAGCAGUAUCUACCAGACACCUUCAAGCAAUUUUUUAAAGUGACUCCUGCAUUAAUUGAACAUUUGUGUCAAAAACUGUCAGAUUGUCCAGAAUUGUCUGAAAGAGUUGUUCCAGGUGGGAGAAAGCCUAUUCCACUUGAGAAGAAAGUUUUAAUGACUAUUAGGUACCUGGUAUCACAAGAAACUGUCAGAGAGCUCAGCGAUUACUUUGGUGUAACAGAACAUAGUUUUUUUCGAUGCAAAAGACAGUAAUUUCUGCUGUAAACGAUCAACUUUUUUCUAAGCUUGUCACCUGGCCUAAAGCACACUGUUAUCAAGAUGUUGCCCAAAGAUUUGAUGAUAUGGGCGCUUAUAGUUUUCCAAAUGUUCUUGGGUGUAUA